UUCGCGUGCACAACGUUUCAUCGGAGCGCAGCGGGAAAAGAAUUCAUCGCAAAGAAUCGAAGAAUCGGGAAAUCGGAGAAAGAAUAGAAAGGAUCGUUUUCUCGUUCGUUAAUGUGUGUGUGCUAUGAAUCCAAUUGACCGCAUUGCGUUGCCACUUCCAUUUCCAAUUCCAUUUCCGUUUCCGCUUGGCUACAAUCGAUGAAAUAUACAUACCUGCUGCCUUGGAUGUGCUGUGAUUGUGACCGCUUUGUGAUUGUGCUACAAUUGCUCUAAAUUAAAUCUGAAACGGAAUAAACAUACCCAUACAGAAACACUAAUCGAUUAGACCGACUCAUAGACAUGUUGAUUGAGCCGACUUUAAACCGUGACCUUGGCUCGCUAACUGUCGCAAAUUCUGGCCUCUCGGCCGCGCACUGGAAAAUGGAGCCCCAUCCCCAACGCAUCACAUCGCUGGCCCCUCACGCCUCCAGUGUAGCGGCGGCAUCCGUGGCAGUGGCAGCAGCAGCAGCGGCGGCAGCAGCAGCGGGAUCCGGAUCGGGAGCUCCGACUUCAUCACCCACAUCUGUGCAAAUACCGCCGGGCUUUGGCGGCAACUCGGGAAACAGUAGCGGCGGUGGCGGCGGGGGUGGUGUGCCUCCGCCCGGAUCUGCAGCCGCGGGUAGCACCUUGAACAGCCUGAUGUCGCAGCACCGGCUCCUGGAGUUCUCCCGGUUCGGUGGCCUGCGCGGUUACGACAUCGCCCAACACAUGCUCACCCAGCAGGGAGCUGUCUCCAAGUUGCUAGGCUCGCUGCGACCACCGGGCUUAAUUGGUGGCUCGAAGCCGAAGGUGGCCACGCCGACAGUCGUCUCCAAGAUCGAGCAGUACAAGCGCGAGAAUCCGACGAUCUUCGCCUGGGAGAUACGCGAACGCCUGAUCUCCGAGGGUGUCUGUACCAAUGCCACCGCUCCCUCGGUGAGCAGCAUCAAUCGCAUCCUGCGCAACCGGGCCGCCGAGCGGGUGGCCAGCGAGUUUGCUCGCACCGCCGCCUACGGCCUGUACCCUCCGCCCCCUCACCCCUAUGGCAGCUUCACCUGGCAUCCGGCAGCAGCAGCCGCGGCGGCAGGUGGCCAGGGAGUGCCUCCGCCUCCGCCCCCAUCCGCCCUGUGGUCUGUGGCGGCUCCCACAUUGGCGAAUCUGCCGCCUAGUGCCGCCAGUGCGAUGCCCAAUGCCUCGACUUGUGCAUCUCUCAGCUCGGCGCACCUAAUGGCGGGCGCGGGCUCGGUUGGAGGUGGUGCUGCCACUAAUCGGGCCAUUUCCCCCGGCUCAGGAAGCCACGACACUCUGGAGUCGGCUGAUGAGAACAGGCACAUUGAUUCCGAUUAUCUGGACGACGACGAUGAGCCCAAGUUUCGGCGGAACAGGACCACCUUCAGUCCGGAGCAGUUGGAGGAGCUGGAGAAGGAGUUCGACAAGAGUCACUAUCCCUGCGUGAGCACCCGGGAGAGGCUUUCCAGUCGCACCAGCUUGAGUGAGGCGCGAGUUCAGGUCUGGUUCUCCAAUCGCAGGGCCAAAUGGCGUCGCCACCAGCGCAUGAAUCUCCUGAAGCGUCAGCGCUCCAGUCCCGCCAACCCGCUGCACUCCCAGCAGUCCAACGACGGCCCUCCGGCCAGUUCGCCCACGCCCAGCAACCAUAGUAGCAGUGCCUCGACCUCAGCGCCUGUGGCUGCGGCUCCGCCCCCUCAGCAGCCGCUGCCCAUUCUGGCAGACCACCACUCGCCCCAAGCCCCGCCUCCACCAGCGGUAAUGUUGCACCCGUUGCAUGGCCCUCCAGCAGGCCACCAUCCCCUGCAGCAUCAUCCCCUGCACCUGCCCACGCACCCGGCAGCGCUGCAGCUACUGAGCCACUACCACCAGCAGCAGCAACAGCAGCAGCAUCAGCAGCAGCAACUGUCGCCCACGGGCUGCAGUCCCGUGUCUAUGGGCGGGGAGAGGAGUGCCUUCCGCAGCCUGGUGAGCUCCCCCUCGGCUGCCGCCUUCCUAGGCCUGGCCAGACAGUAUGCCGUGGCCGCCUCCCUGACCGCCGCCGAGGAGCAACGCUCCCGACUGCACUAUUCCCCUGCCGGCGGACGUGGCGAGGUGGCUGGUGAGACUGGGGGAGCGGGAGCGGGUGCUGGACUGGGAUCUGGAGCUGGAGCCGGCUCAACCAUGACCGUGGACAACUCGUCGUCCGACUCGGAUGAGGAGAUCAACGUACACGACGAUUCCGAUGGUGAAAUUGAGUCGCCGGCUAUGGCGGUGGCAGCAAAGGUGGCCCGCCUGUCAUCCUCCGAUGCGCCGGCUACGUUGCAGUUCCUAAAGCAUGACCAUCGUUAGAGAGGCUUAGAUCAGUGGGCGGAGGAGGAGGCAGCAGCGGUGGCG